AAAGCACUGACGAAUUUCAGAUUUCAGAACCAUUCUUAAUCAUUCUACUCUAUCUCUACGUGCUGGCUGCUUCAGUCGUUAGAGAGAAACAAAGCUUUGUAAUGGAUUCCACUACAACAAAUUCACAAUGCUGCCCGUUUUCAAUUAAGUUAUGGCCUCCUAGUGAAGGCAGUCGAAGGGUGCUUGUGGAACGGUUGAGAAACAAACUCACUACCAAUUCCAUCUUCACUCAGAAGUAUGGUUGUCUUAGCAAAGAAGAGGCUGAAGAGAGCGCUCAACAGAUUGAGGAUUUAGCUUUUAACACUGCAAGCCAGCUCUAUGAUAGGGGGCCUGAUGGUGAUGGAGGUGCUGCAGUGCAGCUUUAUGCCAAGGAAUGUAGUAAACUUCUCUUGGAAGUUCUUAAAAGAGGACCUGCAGCAAAGAAUGACAAGGUGUUGGCUUCUAAGAAAGAAACUAACAUGACAGGAGAUGAGGGAGCACUUGCCAUUUCUGAGGUAGUGAAGCAUUCUCCACUACUAGAGGAUUUUCGAUGCUCAUCUACAAGGGUUGACUCAGGACGAAUUGCCUUAUCAAAUGCACUUGAGACUUGUAGCCAUUUGAAGAAGCUUGAUCUCCGUGACAAUGUGUUUGGUGCUGAAGCUGGAGUUGGACUUAGUAAAUCACUUUUUAAGCAUGCAAAUCUUGUUGGGGUUUACUUGAGCUAUCUCAACUUGGAAGAUGAAGGUGCUACUGCUAUAGCAAAUGCUUUGAAGGAAUCCGCUCCUUCACUUGAAGUUUUAGAGAUGGCUGGAAAUAAUAUCACAGGUGAUGCUGCCCCUGCUUUAGCUGCUUGGUGAAGGUGCCACCCAAAUAGGUAAGGCUCUGGAAGGUCUAGCUCAGUUAAAAGAAGUUGAUAUGAGCAACAAUUCAAUGAGAAGGGCAGGUGCUCGUAUGUUGGCUCAGGUAGUUAUUGAAAAACCUGGGUUUAAGUUGUUGAACAUUGAUGGGAAUAUCAUCUCUAAUGAA